AUGACGAACGUAUUUGAAAAAUACAGCGACAAGUUUUCAGGAGUAUGGAACCUGAUCUCGUGGGAAAUGUACGACUCUGAUGGGCCUGACAAGAAGCUGGUCUCCAAACCACACGGUGACGAUCCUCUAGGUAAAGCGGUGAUCAGUCCAUCCGGAUACCUGUCAGCAAUCCUUGUGCCGCGAGCGUGUAUGACACCGUUCCUGUCUGAUGAAUGGGGCCAUGCCUCGGACGAAGAAGUUUUGCGCGUUUCAAGGAAUUUGACCGCAUACGCAGGGCCCAUGACUCUACUUGAAAGCGAAAAUGGUGAUGGCAGUUUCCUGUGGCACACCGCGGUCGAGAUAGCGAAUAAUCCGAACUGGGUUGGGAAACUGCAGACGAGAAAAGCAGUCUAUUCGGAGGAAAAUGGGAUAGCUUAUAUGACUCUCGAACCUGUCAAGUGGUAUUAUCACAAGGACGGUAGCAAGACACGCGGAGUUCUCAAGUGGCAGAAAGGAGGCUCUUGA